UUCGAUGCACGGCAAAGAAUGUAAUUGCUGUUUUCUGUCCAUCAAUUAGUAGUUUGUUGUGUCACACCGUGCUCAUGUGUCAAAUCAUUAGUAGUUUGUUCCGAAUUGGUUGUCACAUUUUUAUCACUCUCUCCGCCUCUCCCUCGCUCUUGUUGCAUCGUGUAUUUUAUUAAUUUUUGUUAUUUGUUCUUUUGUAAACGAAAAAAAAAAGAAUCAAAUAAAACGAAGUAGAAAUGAAGACGAAAUACAAUGUAUCGUUGGAAAACACAUUUCUGGGUCCAGUCAACACGGUUCCAGAGAGUUUUUUCAAUGAUAUGAUGAACUCAUCCACACCAAGAUCCACACAGACUGAUAGCAUCGGCAACGAUGAUAACAACAAUCCGUUGCUGUUUUCCAGCCUAAACUACGAAUGCCGGCUGAAAUCAUUGACAUUGGGGGAAAUGCGAUUUUAUGCCGGUCAUCACAAGCACGCGUUCUCGACGUGCGAUCGGCCUAUUACGUGCAAAGUGAUCAAAGGUCAGAUGAAGGUGAAGUGUGGCCCACGCAAAUGGACGAUUACCGAAAACAACAUCAUCAAACUCAUUCCAAAUUCCAAAUACUUCGUGAAAAACAACAGUCUACGCAACGAAUGCGUCGUUACAUUCACAUUCGAGCAGAAUUAAGUGUCAUGUUAUUUUGUAUUUUCAUUUAUACAUUUGCAAUCAAUUUUAUCAUUAUUUGCGAUUCAAUUGCGUUCUGUAUGUACGGAACGUUUGCACCUACAUUCAUUCAUUAUUUAUUUAUUUAUAAAACAUCAGGUGUUCGUGGAUUGAUUUGAAAAACGAAAAAAAAAUGGAAAAAAUUUAUGUUAAAUUUAUAUUGAAAAUUGAUUAUUCUAAUUGUAUUUAUAUCACGUUUUAAAUCAAUCUUUUUUCCGAGCAAUUAGCGUCUUUUUUUAUUCUUUUCAAAAUGGUAGAUUGAUGUAAAAAAGCAAUGUCGAUUAUUCCAAAGUUGCAUUGUUUCGAAUAUUUUUUUUUUUUCAAUCAAUAAAUUCCAAGCACGCAAAGUGUAUGUUAAAAA